AGCCCCACGAAGGUAUCUUGCAAAGGGGCUGGCCUGCGGAAGUUUCCAAAGGAGCUUGGCCAAGGAGUUAAGUACCUUGAGCUCUCCAACAACUUCAUCCAAAACCUGUCGAGCAGCCGCAUGCCAGAGUUUGGGCAGCUUGAGUACCUGGACGUGUGCUUCAACCAGCUGGAAGCCGUGUCAGCCACGACCCUGGCUCAGCUGCCCCAGCUGCGCUCUCUCCUCCUGGGAUCGAACCAUCUGGACCGCAAUUACGUCGCUAACGGGCAAGCCUUUCGUCUGCUCAGGAAUAUAGAGGUCCUGGACCUGUCCGCAAAUAACCUGGAGAGCCACAUGGCAGGCUGGUACAUCAGCAACCUCACCAGGCUGAGGACGCUCGAUCUCUCCGGGAAUAGGAUGACCAGGCUGCCGGCAGGGAUCUUCUGGAGCACGCCAUGGCUGCGCGAGCUUGACCUCAGCAACAACUACAUCAUGGAAAUCGAGGAGGGAGCUUUUGAGGCUCUGGAAGAGCUGGAGGUGGUGAACUUGGCUUUGAAUUCCCUCCACUGUAUCUCUGGCUUCAGCCUCACGCAGCUGCGAGUUUUAAAUCUCAGCUACAAUGCCCUGGAGCUCUUCGUCUUGGAGGAGGGAGCGGAGCCCUACCUGCUUCAAGUGCUCGACUUGAGCCAUAACAGACUCCUCUCUUUUCCAGAGCUCCCCAAAGCCCAUUAUCUCACACACUUAAACCUCUCCAACAACCUUAUUGCUUCCCUGCUCCCAGGCUCACACCAUCCAGGGGAGUUUGUACUUCGCUACGAGGAGAUGGCGAGGUUUAACAGGACCUUGCAUCCCACGGCUGGUCUGACGCAUGUAGCUGACCUGGAUCUCAGCAAUAACCGGCUGCAGCUGUUCCCAUUUACCUUCUUCCACAGCCUGGGCUCUCUGCACAGCCUCAGCCUGGCUGUGAACUGUCUCCAGGACAUAGCCCGGGAGUCGCUCGCCGGUGGCAUGGAGCCCGGCGACCGCUCGCCCAUGUCGCCGGAGCGUGCCACCCUCUCUGUGCGCUCGCUGGACCUCCACGGCAAUGCCAUCCAUGUGCUGCCACGCUGGUUUUUCAGUUCUCUGCCUCAGCUGGAAGCGCUUGACCUGGGCUCCAACAGCCUCCAGCCUUGUGAGAGCCAGGGCAGCCAUCAGGGAGGGGGCUCUCGUGUGCCAGCCCCGGGAGACACCUGCACCCCCUUCUACAACGUGCCUCGCUUGAAGCAUCUGAGUCUUUGCAAGAACAACAUUAUCAGGCUGCACCCCUACGCCUUCAACCAGACCUCGCUGCUCUCCCUGGACCUGUCGGGGAACAAGGACUUGUUCGUGCCUAAGGAAGCGCUGGGGGGGCUGGAGUUCACCCUGCAGAAACUCUCUCUGAGGGGCAACCAGAUGGACAACAGCAAGGUGGAGCUCCCCUGCCUGGACACGCUCAAAGUCUUGGACCUCUCCGGCAAUAAUUUGAGCCUUUUGCCCACAGGUCUUUUCUGCUCCUCGCUGGAAAGCCUGGAUGUUAGCAAUAACAACCUGCGGACGUUGGAAAAGCCGGCGCUC